GGGUGGAUGAUCUCUCUCCAUCGGUACCGGAGUAGAGCGCCGCCAGGGAUAGCCAAGAAGAAUCACUCCGUCCUCCUCUGCCAUGGCUUCGCAUCCAACCGUCACUCGUUCGACCUCAACCCGGAGGCGAGCGUUGCAAGAUACUUCGCCAACGAAGGAUGGGACACGUGGAUAGUGGAGCUGAGAGGU